CUCUUCUCCCUCCUGUCUCUUCCAUGACAAUGCUACUCGCCGGUCGGUGAAAAGUAAAAGAAAUGUUAGAAAGCUGUGAGUUUAGUGAUAGUCACUUUUAACCGAAUACGCCAAUUCACAGGAAAAUUACUAUUUUUAACCUACGAUCUUUCUGUAAAUUGCGAUAGCAAAGGAAUGAAAACAAAAGAAAGAGGAUGUUCAUGUGAAGUGAACGAAAAUUAGAAAGAGAAAGGGAGAGAGACAGAGAAAGCGAGAGUGAGAGAGAGAGAGAAAAGUGAAGGAAGCGUUAGAGAGAGCGAUGCAGAAGUGACGUUUCGUUAAUGACUCGUGACCGCUUUUAAAUCACUCGUUCGUUGCCAGUCGUCUUCCCCAUCGUCAUUUCACAUAGAGAGACGAUUUACGAGGGGUCCUCUUGAUAGUGCGUGUCAGAUUUUCUCUUUACCGGUACGUUCGGUCAGCAAGCGAGAACCAGUCUAUCUGUCUAGCUAUUUCUCUCUCUCUCUCUCUCUCUUUCUCCUCUCUCUCUCUCUCUCUCUCUCUCUCUCUCUCUCUCUCUCUCUCGCUCUCGCUCUCGCUCUCUAUUUUGAACUUCCCGUUGAUCGUUCUCGAAUUUUCACGAGAAAGAGAAGAGAAAAGGCGAACAAUUUUUUACAACGUUCGUAAAUGACGACCAAGCAUAAAAAUCAAACGAAAAUGAGUUCAGGAAGACAAAUAUUAAGUUUAAUCCACCGUUUCAUCGAGUUCGUUGCUAGGGGUAUAUUCACGUUAGCAGCUUACAUCGGUGGCCCUGCAGAAUCUCAACCACCGAUAAAGGAUUUGACACUUUUACACAGUGCGACCACAUUAGCUUUUAAAAUUAGGAAUAAACAAUUAUCUUCCGAAGAGGUAGUGAGGUCGUACAUUGACAGAAUAAAAGAAAUUCAGCCAAUAUUAAAUUGCGUAGUAGAGGAACGCUUCGAGGAAGCGCUCAAGGAAGCUAAAAAAUGUGAUGAAAUGUUGAAAUCUCCCGAUGCACCAUCCGUACAAGUACUUGCCAAAGAAAAACCUUUCCUUGGUGUUCCCUUUACGACCAAGGAUUGUAUCGCUGUUGCUAAUAUGAAGCAAACGGCUGGUUUGAUCCUUCGUAAAGAUUAUGUCUCCAAGAAAGAUGCAGAAGUGAUAAGACUGAUGAGAGCGGCAGGAGCUAUACCGUUGGCCUCGACCAAUGUUUCGGAACUUGCAAUGUGGUGGGAAGCGCAUAACCGUUUGUACGGUACCACCAGGAAUCCGUACAACACAAGACAUAUAGUAGGUGGUUCUUCCGGGGGUGAGGGCUGCAUACAAGCAGCAGCUGGUUCGCCAUUAGGAAUAGGAUCUGAUAUCGGUGGCUCUAUUCGCAUGCCAUGCUUUUUCAAUGGAAUUUUUGGUCAUAAACCUUCCAAAGGUAUUGUCUCAAACGAUGGUCAAUAUCCAAGUGCCCACAGCGAUGAUCAGAAUCAAUUGCUUGCAAUAGGUCCUAUGUGUAGACACGCACAGGAUAUGAGACCUGUUCUCAAAGUACUCGCCGAUAAGAACGCAGAGAUAUUGAAUUUGGAUGAUAAAGUCGACAUUUCGAAGAUCCAGUUUUAUUACAUGGAGGACGACGGAGGACAAUACUUUGUGUCCCCUGUAGAUCAAGAAAUAAAAUGCGCUAUGAGAAAAGUCGUGCUUCACUUUGAAAAAGCAUAUAAAAUAAAAGCUACGAAAAUACACGUACGAAAAUUUAAAAAAAGCAUUGCUCUAUGGUUAGCAAAUAUGACGUCUAAAGAUAACAAAGAUUUUUCGUACGAAUUAUCCAACAGGAACGGAAAUAUAAAUAUUUUAUGGGAAUUUAUUAAGUGGUUAAUGUUCCUAAGUAAUCAUACAUUAAUUGCUCUUCUAACUGCAACAUUUGAGAGGUUUGGUAUAAAACAUGGGAGUGAGCAAUACACAAAACUUAUACAAGAAAGUAAAGACCUUUACCAAGAAUUCAAGGAUAUUUUGGGGGAAGACGGUAUUUUCUUGUAUCCGACUCAUCCCACGGCAGCUCCGUUGCAUCACGAGCCGCUUAUAAAAGCAUUUAAUUUUUCGUACACCGCAAUUAUCAAUGUUUUGGGCUUGCCGGCUACAGCAUGUCCAUUAGGAUUAAAUAAGCAAGGACUUCCUAUAGGCAUACAGGUUAUCGGUGGUUUAAAUCAAGAUCGUUUGACGCUUGCCGUUGCCGAGGAAAUUGAAAAAGGAUUUGGAGGCUGGGUUCCUCCGCUUAUCGUAGCUUAAAAGUAUGGGUAUUCUAGACAAUAAUAAUUCAAAAUGCAUUGAAAUGCAUUAACAUACCAAAUCCUGCCUUUCUCAACUCUUGAACGAUUCUCAAAUCUUUGCAAGGAAAGAUAUCUGUGCAUUAAAAUCGCUAGAAGAAAGGUAAAAAUUAACGUUAUUUUCAUGUUGGACGUGUUCGAUGUCGGGAAUGAAUUUCUUUCUUCUCUUUUUAUAUUUUUUUUAUAAACGGUAAUGGUAAUAUAUCUUGUAUAAACAUUAUUAUUAUUAUUAUUAUUAUCAUUAUUACUGUCAUUAUUAUUAUUAUUAUUAUUAUUAUUAUUAUUAUUAUUAUUACUAUUAUUAUUAUAAUUAUUAUUAUCAUUAUUAUCAUUAUUAUCAUUAUUAUUAUUAUUAUUAUUAUUAUUAUUUCGAGUUAAGAAGUUUGAACGGAUGAUUCGUUAUAAUUCGUAAUAAUUCAUUAAGUUAUUCGCGUUGUUAAAGGAUUUAUUUUAAUAAAUAAUGUCUACAGAGUAUAUGAUUUAUAAGCGCAGAUAUAAAACUACCUCUGAUCGAGCAACUAAAUCUUUACGACUAAGCAUUUGUAAAUUUAUACUUUGGAAGUCUUUCUAUAUAAUAAUGCAUUCGCAUACAGAAACUAUUAUUAACAAAAACGUACGAGAGAUAUAUUUGUAUAUAAAUAGAAUAUUACCCAUCACACGUUGGACUGCAGUUUCUCCCUUUUUUCUUUUUUUCUUUCUUUCUUUCUUUCUUUCUUUCUUUCUUUCUUUCUUUUUUUUCUUUCUUUCUUUUUUUACCUCUUAGACCUUUGUGCAAACUUUUCUAUUUUCAUACACGAAAGGAUGUGAUAUCGAAAUCAUUUGGUAGGAGAGGUAUGCUUUUUGGUAAUGUAAUGUGGUAUAAGCCCAGUGUUAUUUAAAUCAUCUAUUGAUGUUAAUACGUCGUAUAUAUAAAUAUAUUUUAUUGUACCAUAAAUAAUAAAUUUUUACUCUAUUAUUCCAUCAAAA